GCGUGCUGGUCGCGAGGGUGAUCGCACGAGGGCGCGACGGAGUGACGAACAGUGUGACGGAUCGCGGCGUUGUGACAAACAGUGUGACAGAGGCAACGUGACGGGUCGCGACGUUGGGACGAACAGUGUGACAGGGGAGAAACGUGACGAGUCGUGACGAAUCAUGCUCACCGGCCACGGUUCGAGCGCGGUGCUGGCCUAAGGAGUGGCGGUGGCAGUGGUGGUGGUCAACCAGUGAGUCAAGUUGAGGAGUUCGUGACCUAGACGUGACCCGCGUCGCUCUCAUGAGACUUCGGCCGCCGAGCUGCUUGCUGCACAGGCCAUGGCGGCAUCCCGCCCACCUCCUGCUCGCCGUCUUCCUGGCGUCGCAGCUGCUUCUGCUGCAGGCCGCUGCACAGAGCGGAGCGUACCCUGACGGACCGGAGGACGACGGCGGCGAGGCGGACCCCGCGGACCCCGCGGACCCCCAGUGGGACAAUAACGUGGCCGACUACAGCGACGAGGAUGAGGACCUCCGCGGCUCCAUCACGGCCAACACGGCGUUCGACGGCCAGGUGGACGAGGCCAACGGGCCCUGCUCGGACUACAAGCCCGGCGAGGACGACCUGCAGGCCUUCGACUUCAUCCGCAAGUUCCGGCUGGACCUGCUGGGCACGCAGUUCCCCGGCGUGACGCGCGUGCGGGGCUCCAACCGCGUGCAGACGGCCUACCGCCUGGAGAAGGAGGCCAACCUCACGCUGCGCACCCGGGACAUCUUCCCCACGGGGCUGCCGGAGCAGUUCUCGUUCGUGUGCUCGUUCCGCGCGCGCAAGGUGCCCAAGACGUCCUGGCACCUGCUGCGCGUGACGGGGGCCUCGGGCGCCACGCAGCUCGCCGUGCAGCUCAACCCGCAGCGCGAGAGCGUGGAGCUGCAGCUGGCGGACUACCAGGGCCGCCCGCAGACCAUCGCCUUCACCAACGCCGUGAACGUUUUUGACAGGAACUGGCACAAGAUCCACUUCGGCGUGUUCCGGGACCACGCGGUGCUCUACGUGGACUGCGAGGAGGCGUCGUCCGAGCAGCUGGGGCCGCGAGGACACCUGGACGCCAACGGGCGCAUCUCCAUCUCCAAGAUCGUGGACAGCCAGCAGACCGUCCCCGUGGACCUACAAUGGAUGGUCAUGAGCUGCGACCCGCACCGGCCCGAGAGAGAGACCUGCGACGAGAUCCCGAAACUCCCCGUCAGGAAGCCUCCGCCGUCCAUCGUGGUGCCGGCGUCCUGCGAGACCAUCUGCCCCCAGGGACCGCAAGGCUUCAACGGCACAGCGGGCCCGGUCGGUCCGCCUGGUCCCGCGGGCUUCCCUGGACCCCAGGGCCUGCCCGGCCUUCCUGGACUGCGCGGCGAGCCGGGGCCGCCGGGCAUCGGCGGCAUCUCCGGGCUGCCGGGCCCACCAGGCCAGCCAGGGCCCAGCGGCUUCCCGGGGCCCGUCGGCAUCAAGGGGGAGCGCGGAGAGAGGGGUGACUUUGGCCUAACGGGGGAGAAGGGCGAUCGCGGCGAGAGCGGCUACCCGGGACUGCCCGGGCCUCAGUUAAGGUAUCAUCUGCCAAAAAUUUUUGUUGAUGGAAGCCUUGCAGAUAAGUGGCUGCUCCUGAGGACUCCGCCACGCCCCGCCACUGUUGUGCUCGACUGUCGCAGGUUAAUGGGGCCGCACGGGCCGCAGGGUCUGCCGGGGCUCAUCGGGCUGCCUGGGCCGCAAGGCGUGCCGGGGCUGCCGGGGUCGGCGGGACUCAAGGGCGACGCGGGACGGCCGGGGGAGCCGGGGCUGCCCGGGUCGGCGGCGGGCAUUGGUGAACCGGGCGCGCCGGGCCCGAUGGGUCCUCGCGGCCUCCCCGGCCUGGACGGCGCGCGCGGCGAGAAGGGCGAGCCGGGCCCCCUCGGGGGUCAGGGCCCCCCGGGGCUGCCGGGGCUGCAAGGCCCCCCCGCCAAGGACGGCAUGCCGGGCCAGGACGGGCUGCCGGGCCGCGUCGGCGAGCAGGGUCCGCGCGGCUUCGAGGGACCGCCGGGCCUGCCCGGAAAGCCAGGGCUGCAGGGCCUCAUGGGCAAGAUGGGCCUGAAGGGUGACUCCGGCGACAAGGGUGAGCUGGGGCCGAGCGGGCCCAGAGGUCUGCCCGGGAACACGGGCUCCGCGGGGCUGCCCGGCGUCCCCGGCACCAACGGGCUGCCCGGCAUGGAGGGCAAGCCCGGAGCGCCGGGGCCACCAGGACCGCCGGGGCCACCGGGGGAAGUGGUGCACAGCCCCGUCGGCUACCUCGAGACGAGCAGCCACCCCGGCGCGGUGGGCCCCAGGGGGGCGCCAGGACCGCCAGGACUGCCUGGGGAGCGUGGCCACGGCGGAGAGCGCGGCCCGGAGGGAUCGCCGGGGCAGCACGGCAUGCCAGGCAAGGAGGGUCCACCCGGCAUCCCUGGAGCGCCAGGCCAGCGCGGCCAGCCAGGGCCUCCCGGACUGAGCGGCCCCCCGGGACGCACCUACGCCGAGUCGGAGUUGCGGGAAAUCUGCGCCGCCGUUCUCAGAGACCAACUGACCGAGCUCACCGCCACGCUGAUCGGCCCCCCGGGGCCUCCAGGACGAGGGCGCAACGGCCGACCCGGACCACCUGGCCCGCACGGACCCACCGGGGAGCCAGGCCGGCCCGGGCUGCAGGGCGAGCGCGGCUUCAUGGGGCUGCCGGGGGCGGUGGGGCCCCCGGGGCCUCAGGGCGGCCAGGGCGAGCGCGGCGACAAGGGAGACCGCGGCCCAGAGGGGGUGGGGCUGGAGGGGCCUCCAGGACCCAGAGGACUGCCAGGGCCUUCGGGGCCGCCGGGCGUGGGCGUGCCGGGCCGGGCCGGCGACAGGGGCGAGCCGGGGCGCGGCGGCCAGCAGGGGCCGCGCGGGUCGCCCGGGCCGCAGGGGCCGCCGGGUUUCUGCGAGUACUGCAACAUGUCGCCGCCGCAGAUGCAGGCCGGCAACUACAAGGGGCCGUGACCGUCAGCGUGACGUCCACACUGGUAGCGCUAUGCUAUGCGGUACAUGUCGAAGCGAGAGCAUUUCAUAUUUGUACGUAGCCCCUGAGAGAAGAGAGAAAUCGUGCCG